AUGGGAGGCUGUUGCUCUAGACGCUAUUUUGAAGAUGAAGAUGGAACUAUUAAAUACCGUCUUAUCUAUGGUAGACGAUAUCAUAAUCUUUCGAAUUCAAUGUAUUUUGUCGCAAAUGAUGAAGAAGAAGCCUUUCGUUUAAGUAGAUAUCAUGAAGCAAUAAAGGAGAUUUGGGGAGGAGCUUUUAAUUCACCUGUUGAAGAGAAAUUGAGACAAGGCGCCCAUGUUAUUGAUAUUGGAUGCGGGACUGGAAUUUGGAUUUUGGAUAUGGCACAGCAAUAUCCAAAUUCAAAGUUUGUAGGAAUUGACAUAUCUCCAAUACAGCCAACAGAAGGUCUUCCUCCAAAUGUGAAGUUUGUGCAGUAUAAUGUGUUGGAUAUAUUACCAUAUGAGGAUUCAUCUUUCGAUUUAGUUCACGAAAAAUUCAUGACGGUCGCUUUUACGGAAAUACAAUGGAAAGAGCAAGUUAUUCCAGAAAUGAUAAGGUUAACUCGGCCAGGUGGAUGGAUCGAGAUUCUAGAAGCUGAUCCUGGUACAUCUGAAGGAACUGCUACAAAGAGACUUAUAAAAGCUGUUAAUGAUUUUAUGGUAUCGAAGGGAAGUAACCUUACAAUUGGCAAAGAAAUUCCGCGCAUCCUUGAAACCACAAACGCGUUUUCAGAAAUCAAAAAUCAACAUAAAAUUGUAAAUCUUGGCAAAAAACAUGGUAAAUCUGCGGAAGAGUCUCUAAAAUUUUAUGUUCGCGGCCUCAGCUCUGUUAAAGGCUUUAUAGCGACCUCGAUGAAUAUAAUGCCCGAACAUUAUGAUGCUCUCGUAGAAACAGUACCUAUUGAGGCGGAGAAAUAUUCUACUUAUUUUAAUCAAUAUCGAAUCUGUGCUCAUAAGAAGAAUUAA